GCCAUGUUUAUUCGCUUUCACGUAUCUGGCUGGCGUUAUUGUUGAUCUUGAAUCUUGUUUUGUUGAGAAAAAAACGCUAGAAAUCGUGUUUCUGAUUAGUUUUAUCGAACACAAGAUCUUUAUUUCACAAGUCUGCUAAGUAUUUAGAGCCGCGUUAACUAAUAAUUGGAUAUAAUGGUCGCCGAAAGAAGGGCCUCGAUCCCUGAAAGUAUGGCUUAUUUGGCCUUGUUCUUCUCUCUUCUAAGACCAGAUCUUCAAGAACAGAUCACUACUUUGGAUCAAGCGUCAAUCAGUCCAGUGACGGUCAGCUCGAGUCCAUAUAAUUUAACCGGCUUAGCAUUCGGUACAUCAAGUGGAACUAAAAGUGAGCUUGACAACUUACUUUCUCCGAAAGAAGCAAUGACGGCCGGGAUAGAUUUAGACCCACUUUCACAGUAUUUGAAUUGGAUGCCCGAUGCACGAUUUAAUGAUGAUGCUGUWGCAAUGAUUUUUAGUGAUUCCACCCCAAGGAACCAACUUGGAUCACUAGAUUCUGAAAGUGGGUACAGCUCCGAAGAUGCCAAGUCGCCCCUGUCUACUUCCAGCUACUCUGAGCUUGAUCUAUCUGAACUUGGUGCAGCUGGGUACACCCCACCAUCCGAUCUUACUGAACUACUUAAUACAUUUGAAAAUUAUGUUGAUCUAGACUCUUUUCAAACUACUGAACCUCAUAAAGGGAUUUUGGACGUUCAAGAUUCAAACCAUUUGGAUUUCUCUGGGUACGGGAAGCAAGAGCUAAACUCUUACCCAAACAAACUGAGCCCUAGUGACACCUUGUUGUACUUGCCUGAUUUCAAAACAUCUCCAGAUGGAAGUGACUUUCAAGAUCCCCUUGAAAUGGAACUGGAAAACAAGUUUUUUGACCCAUUUACUAUUGACUUUGGAAAUACUAUAACUAACGAUUCUUAUSAAAUAUUUGAUGAUGAUGUGGAAACAGAAAUAGACUCCCUUGCUUCAUUGGACUUAGGCUUACCUUUAGAUAUCCUCAACCCCACACUGGAGACGUACAAUCAUAUURAAAACAAAAUUAGCCAGCCUGUUCAGGAAUCAGUAACUACAAGAAAUAAAGCUCUUGCAACAUCUGUAACUGCUGAUAAUGGCAUAAAAUCUGCUACUGUUUCAUUACCAUCAACUACAAGAAAAGUCAAUACUUUGUCUWCCUUCCAAAUAAAUGGAAAGCAAGAAGCAAAGAGAGAAUCUAAAGGAAUUACAAGAACCAAAUCAAUGAGGGAUGAUGAUAUGCCUUUUGGAUUAUCAGAGCAGAAGAUAAUUGAGAUGCCAGUCAGUGAAUUUAACAUAUUUGUUGAAAAGCUGUCAGAAGAACAAGCAAAGAUUGUUCGAGAAGUACGCCGAAGAGGUAAAAAUAAGGAAGCAGCAAGAAUCUGUCGAAAGCGCAAGAUUGAUGUAAUUGAUUCUCUUGGUGAUGACCUUGAAUUGAUGAAAAAUGAAAAGAAAAGAAUUUUAGAAGAACAAAGAGCUAUUCUUGAAGAGACUGCUUCAUUGAAGUCUAAAAUAAAGGAACUUGAAAGUAGUGUAAUUAGCAGCCUGAGGGAUGAGAGUGGCAGACCAUUGUCACCUCUUGAAUAUUCAAUAUUUCAAGGACCAAAUGAAGCUGUGUAUGUAGUAAAAACAAUAAGUAACAACGAUAAAACAAGCUAGUUGAACUAUCAAGRGUUUAGAUGCAUUUUGUAAUAUUUGCAGAUUUUGUACUUUCUUAAACAAAUCAAUAUUAGCURCAUGUUUGGCACUUAUAAAUACUCCUAUAUCAUGCUAGCCUGACAUUAUAAGAUAUUUGAUUUAUUGUGGAAAAGAGUCUAUCAAAUUUGCCAUAUCUAUUAUAUUAAAUUGCCAAUUUUCGAAAAUAUUGCACUUAAACUGAAGAAUAUAUGAAUUUUCGAAACUAUGUAUUUUUGUGAAACUUUUAACAAGGAAACGUAUGUGCCUGAAAAAAAGGCUUGCUGUGCAAAGAUGCUUAUAUUAGUUUCAAAGAUUCAUAUAUUCUUCAGUUUAAGGUCAAUCUUUACGGAACUUUACAAUUUUACCAAAAUUUUACCAUUAAAAAAAUYUCUUGUAAUGUCACACUUGUAUGAAAUAGGUCUAUCUAUGAUAAAUCUGUUUUUGGAUUUGCCCACACUGGAAUACUAAAAUAUUCAUGAUAGUAAAAAGUAGCAAAAAAUGUAUUUAUUAAAAAGGGUUAAAUGAUCUUUAGAUAUAAUAGUGUAAAUAUGUUUUAACAUACUACUGUAUAUAAUUUUUGUCCAGACUAACUAUCAUGUGCCAUUGAGUGCUUCAAAUCAUUGGAUAACAUCAUCACAUGUAACUUUUUGGAUUAGUUCUUAUACAAAAUAUUGGUGUAAUAGGAUAKAGAGAGAAACAAAGAAAGAAAAUUUACAAAACAAAAGUGAAAUUACUGUAAAUAAAAAAGUAAACAAAUA